CAUCGACAUCGCUAGUCGCAUACCCGGGCUUAUAAUAGAAUUAAUCGAAUAAGGAGGAUCAGCGAUCGGUUGUCUUAUCGUCGUAUCUUAUCGCAAUAAACCCCAAAAUUAGAUUCGAAACGUUGUCGAUCCCUCUGCGGCACAUGGCGUACGAUGCCUAUCGAAAACGGAACCACGAAGCCGAGCGAACACAAACGACAUAACCAGCAUCAAAUUCCAGACGGAGGAUGGGGUUGGCUGGUAGUGUUCGCGUCCUUCUUCAUCAACCUGGUCUCUGACGGCGUCGGAUCCACGUUUGGUCUGCUUAACAUUGAAUUCCUUCACGAGUUCGAAACGUCCAACUCGGCCACCUCACUCAUAGGAAGCCUCUUCCUCUCCGUACCCCUAUUGGCCGGACCAUUGGGUAGCGUUUUGGUGGACAAAUACGGAUGCAAGUACAUGACGGUCUUGGGUGUCGUCAUCAGUACCGCGGGCCUGGUGCUUAGCUCCUACGUGAAAUCGAUAUUCUUAAUGUAUGUGACGUUCGGAUUCGUGAGCGGGUUCGGGUUUUGCUUGUGUUACGUCACCGCGGUUGUGUCGGUGGCGUUUUGGUUCGAGAAGAAGAGGACCACCGCGCUGGGCAUUGCGGCUAGCGGUACUGGUUUCGGUACGGUCAUAUACUCCCCCUUGGUGACGUUUCUGGUGGGGGAAUACGGAUGGAGGGGUACGAUUUUGAUAUUGGCGGGGUUGUCGGCCAACAUGUGCGUCAGCGGGUUGCUGAUGAGGGACCCCGAUUGGGUUCUCGAAGAAGAUCGGGAUGAAAGAGCAUCACCCAUCCGGCAUCAGAAACGUUUAGCCCUAUAUAUACAAGCCUCCAAGCAAACGACAAAGAACACGGACUCAUCGACGAAAAGAAGGGCAAACCGAAACUACUUAUUGGAAGACGUAGCUAUCGGGUUUUCCAAAAGAAGCGACCACUCGACCAAAGCACCAAAGAAUAUCAACAGGUGCUUCUCUGAUAUCGUAUUACCGACCUACCUUCAAGAAAACCAAGAGGUGCCCCUGGAAGUGCUAAAGAAUCUGAGCGAAAACGCGGAAGCCUACAACAUCAUCCUCGACAACUACCCCAACAUAAGAACGUAUAAGAGUACGUCCGAUUCGAGCUUAGACAAAUUCAGCGUGAACCCUGCCAAAACUCCCCCCAGAGCUCCUGUCAGGUUUUGCAUGAAAGUGAAGGAAAUCGAAGAGGAUUCCGAUUCGGACAAAGAAGCGCCGUUGUUGAGUAGAGAUGAAUCAACGAAGCCCAAAACGCACCCGCACCAUUACCUCAGAUACAUCAAGUUCAAGAAGGAAGCGAUGGGAUAUAGGAGCGCAAUGUUGAAUAUCCACAAGUACAAGCCAACCGCUUCGAGUUGUCCCGCUUUUCUACGGAACUCUGUCCAAACGGUGUCCUCUGACGAGGACGAAGAAUGGUACGACGAAUACGUCGACGUCCUGAAAGACAUAACACACUUUUCUCUGUUUUUGGAUCUGCACUUUUUCAUACUUAGUUUGUCGACGGUAAUCAUGUGUGUAUGGUUCGUGGUGCCGUUCUUUUACUUGCCGGUUCAUAUGACUACGUUCGGAUACAGCGAUAACCAGGCGUCCUUUGCUCUGUCGGCCAUCGGGUUCACCAACAUCAUCGGCAUGGUACUACUGGGUUGGAUAGGUGACCGGUUGAACUGUACGAAAAUGUUCGCCGGUUGUCUGAUAUGUUGCGGCUUCACCUGCUGGGGAUUGAUGUACUUUACCGACAACUACGUCGUGUUGAUAAUCUUCUGCGGUCUCUUCGGUUUGUUUUUCGCCAGCUGCUACGCCUUACCGCCCACCAUACUCGCGGAGUUGGUACCUCUGGAUAAAUUCACGAUGGCUUACGGUCUGUUCCUGCUGUGCCAAGGGAUUGGGAAUUUGGCAGGGCCUCCAAUCGCAGGGUUACUCUACGAUUUGACCAAGUCGUACGAGCAGUCCUUCUACCAGGCUGCUAUCUGGGUGAUACUUUCGGGGCUUUUGGUGAUGGCGAUACCGUACACGGACAACAGGAGAUUGUUCGACAAGUCUUCGAAAAGGGUGUACUGAGUAUUCAUGUCCCAAAUUCUAAAUGCAAAUGGACCAAUUCCUUGAAACGCAUAAAGGCAUUUGCUGCAGAUACCUCUAGGUUACAGAAUACAAUAGCAUUGCAUAACAUAAUACGGGAUUAAAUGCUCAAAUCGGUUGGGCUCAAAUUUUAAGGAAUCGUAGCAAAAUGACGUUUAGAAUGUGACAUACAUGCCGGCUCGUAAAUAUUAUUAACGACCAGGCAAUGGCCACUUUUUUUGUUGUAAUUUAUUAAUUAAUAAUUAAGGGAAAAAAAACGGUUUGAAUAGUUUUAUUUUGGAUUCUUAUGGAUCGGUUUGCUUAAUCAUACGUACAUAAUAAGUGUCUCGACGUCCUGUGCCACUCAAAAAAU